GAGACCAGUCCUUCUGUAACCAGCCUCGCUGCAGCACAAUGGCGCCUAGUGUGUUGCUGGACCAGGAGUCGCCUCCCCCUUCUUACAUCCAUCCUGCCAAGCAGACACUCAAGGAGGCCCAGGCUCCAAGUGACGAUGGCCUUUCCUUCACAUCUGACUCUUCGAUCAACGCCAAUGGUAACAGUAGCAUCAAUGGUUCCAAUGGAUUCCCAGUCGACAACGGCUUGGCGGCUGGCCAGCCAGGCGGAGACUUCAUCACUGUCCAAACUCUUCGCCAGCAGUCCGAAAACUAUGCAUCCCAGACGCGCAGCAGCGACAAUGCGAAGAGCCCAAACAUUCUGUACAUUAUGGCCGACCAGAUGGCCGCUCCCAUGCUAAAGUUCAACGACCCUGAGUCAGUUAUCAAGACACCUCACCUUGACGAACUCGCCCGCACCGGUGUCAACUUUGCCAGCGCCUACUGCAAUUCGCCUCUCUGUGCUCCGUCUAGGUUCACCAUGUGCAGCGGCCAGCUGCCUUCGAAAAUUGGGGGAUACGACAAUGCUUCGAUCCUGGGUCCUGAAGCCCCCACAUACGCCCACUACCUGCGCCGACAGGGCUACGAGACUGCACUGGCCGGAAAGAUGCAUUUUAUUGGCCCUGACCAACUCCAUGGCUUUGAACACAGACUCACCUCGGACAUCUACCCGGGAGACUUGGGAUGGUCGGUCAACUGGGACAAGCCAGAGGAGCGCCAGGAGUGGUACCACAACAUGUCCUCCGUCAUGCAGGCUGGCCCAUGCGUGCGCUCCAACCAACUCGACUAUGACGAGGAUGUCAUGCACAAAGCCCAACAAUACCUCUAUGACUACGUCCGAUCAGACCCCGCUACCCGUCGGCCAUUCGCUUUGACCAUCUCUCUGACCCACCCCCAUGAUCCCUACACGAUGAUCCAGGAAUACUGGGACAGGUACGAGGGCGUUGAUAUCCCUCUGCCCAAGGUUGAGAUUGCCCAAGCGGACCAAGACACGCACUCGCAGCGACUCCUCAAGACAAUCGACUUGUGGGACAACCCCGUCCCAGACGAGGCCAAGAUCCGUGCCCGCCGCGCAUACUUUGCUGCCUGCAGCUUCGUCGACGACCAGGUUGGUAAGCUGGUCAAGCUUUUGAAAAACUGCAAGCUAGACCAGAACACCAUUAUUGUCUUCUCUGGCGACCACGGUGACAUGCUUGGCGAGCGGAGCCUGUGGUACAAGAUGAGCUGGUACGAGAACAGCGCCAGAGUGCCCAUGAUCAUCAACGGUCCCAACUUCGCCCCCAAGCAGGUCAAGGAGUCUGUGUCGACAAUGGACUUGCUGCCGACGUUUGUUGAUCUGGCUGGAGGCCAAGUUGAUGAGCGCCUGCCGCUCGAUGGUAGCAGCCUUCACGAGUACCUUGUCUCGGACAAGCCAGGCAAGGACGAAGUGUUUGGCGAGUACAUGGGCGAAGGAACCAUUACUCCGACGUACAUGAUUCGGCGCCAUCAGUGGAAGUUUACCUUUUCUCUGGCAGAUGGGUCGCAACUCUAUAAUCUCGCCGAAGACCCGCAAGAGCUGUACGAUCUGGCCAAGUCAAAGGACCCUCAGCACCUGAAGGUUCUGGCCAAAUUCGAGCACGAGGCGCGUGAGAAGUGGGACUUUACCAAGAUCCACAACGACGUCCUCCGCAGCCAGCGCAUGCGCCAGCUUGCUUGCAGUGCGCUGAAGAUUGGCCGCAAGGAGUCGUGGGACUACCAGCCGCCAUCGUACGACAGGGAUCGAUUCAUCCGGUCUCACAUUCCCCUCGACGAGCUUGAACGCCGUGCCCGUUUCCCCAUUGUGGACUACCUGGGCCGUGAGAAGUCUGCUGCAGCAACGCACCAUGGCGUUGCGGGUGCAGCUGGCGAGUAAGCAAGCGAGCUUUGAGUGACGAAUUUCUUUUUCCUUAUCCUCCGUGUCUUCCAGGGCUAAUGCGC